AUGCAUCAGCUGGAUGUUGUGUGGAAGGCCAACUGCUCUUUGGCAGAGGUGUUGGGAUUAUGUCUUGUUGGCAUCUUGUUUGCUGGAGCUUUUCGCUCUGAGUGGUACUCCAGCUGUCGGACUCCGCUGUGGUCCGUGUGGUCCCUUGGGCCAUCAUCUUGCUCAGCAGGGAUCCGGACUCACCUUCCUGUCCCUGUGCUUGUCUCUCCCACAGGGCUGACGGGAAACCAAGCUGAGUCCCCAGCCCCGAUCCAAGGCCAUCACAGAGCAGCAACCAGCUGGACACGACUCCGGCGAGCUGCCGCCGAGGAGACCUACUGGUCCUACUCAGUGGCCAUCAUGCUGAAGGAUGAAUUCUUUGUUCGGGGAGCAGGUCUACCUGGCCGGUUCAAGGCAGAAAAGGUGGAGUUUCACUGGGGUCCGAGUAACGGAUCAGAGGGAUCGGAGCACAGCAUCAACGGUCGGCGGUACCCAGUGGAGAUGCAGAUUUACAUGUACAACUCAGACGACUUUGACAGCCUCAGCGCGGCGCUCAGGGAGAAGAGGAUUAUUGCUGCCAUGGCUGUGUUUUUUCAGGUGGGAGCGACGGACAACCCCGCUGUCGACCCCAUAAUCCAUGGGCUGAGGGGUGUCGUCCAUCAUGAGAAAGAAACUUUUCUGGAACCGUUUGUGCUGAAGGACUUGCUGCCCGCAUCACUGGGGAGUUACUAUCGGUACACCGGCUCCCUGACCACUCCCCCCUGCAGUAAGGUCGUCGAGUGGAUCGUGUUCAGCAGACCGAUUUAUGUCUCCUACAAACAGUUGGAGGCCUUCUACUCCAUCUUCACCACAGAGCAGCAAGACCACGUCAAGUCUGUGGAAUAUCUGCGCAGUAACUUCAGGCCCAUUCAGAGCUUAGGCAGUCGACACGUCUUCAAGUCUGCAAUCAAGGAUGCCUGGAUGCCUCACAUGAUAGACGGCAGCAUCAGCCCAUAUGGCACAGAGGCUUCCAAAGUUUGCAGCAGUGCUCCCACAAACAUGAAGGUGCAGCAUGUGAAUGCCAGCACGCUGAUGGUUCGCUGGACACGUCCAGAGGUCACCUACCACCCGCCCAUCCUGCACUUCCUGGUCUCUUACAGCUGGACGGCCCACGAUGACAGUUAUGAGGAGACGCACGUCACUGAUGCCAAACAGAAACCGGAGGCGAUCAUCUCUCCCGUCUCCCCAGAUGUUCUGUAUCUGUUCCGGGUCCAGGCCGUCUGCAUGAAUGACAUGCGCAGUGACUUCAGUCAGAGUAUGCUCUUCAGAGCAAACACGACCCGGAUAUUUGAAGGAACAAGAAUCGUCAAAACUGGAAUGCCGACCAUUUCGCCAGCUUCUUCAGCUGACAUGGCUCCCAUUUCCUCUGGCUCAUCCACUUGGACGUCCUCGGGUCUCCCUUUCUCUUUUGUCUCCAUGGCAACAGGGAUCGGUCCCUCUUCCAGUGGUAGUCAGGCAACAGUGGCGUCUGUGGUGACCAGCACUUUAUUGGUGGGCCUGGGUUUCAGCGGUGGUGUCAUAUCCUCUUUUCCCAGCUCCAUCUGGCCAACCAGAAUGAGCACACAUGAUCCCGCAUCCACCCACCAGAGCGCCAACCCUGUAGGUCCAACCAGAGAUACCACGAGUAUCAUAAACUCUCCAAAAGAUAGUGGAGAAGCUGGGAGCACUGAUACCAACAAGGGCAAGGAUCAAGGAGAGGAUGGAGAAAAGGAAGCACAGGAUAAGGAAGAAGAAGAGGAGGAUGAGAAAGAAGAGAAAAAGAAGCGGAAAGGAUCAAGAGGUUUAUGUGAGACAGGCAGGCAGGACAACAUAAGACCUGUGAAGGAGCACAAGCCCACUGCAAAGCAGGAAGAAGCAGCGGAAGCAGGUGUGACACCUGCUGUGACACCUGUUCAAGAAGAACUACUGGACGACCUGCCUGAUUCCAGCCCAGUCAGUGGCACAUCGGCAGUUCUCCUGGCACUCAAAGAACCUGCAGCCUCACUGUGCAGCAGCCACGGGCCUUUCUCCAUCCUCACAGAUAACCAAAGCAGAGUGAAGUGGCGCUUGCUGGCCGUGAGGGACUCCAAGUACACCGACUACAUCAACUACGUGGAUAAGAAAUCUGAGCAGUAUCUGCUGACCCAAAACAUUGCUGGUAACACAGUCGUAACAAUGAAAAGCACCCAAGUUCACGCCUGCUGCACCGUUUACCACUUCACGCUGUGGAACAGUAAAGUCCUAAAGGACCUGAAGUGGAACCCUAAGGGCCAGGCCCAGAAUGAUCGGUCAAUACCCCGGUACCAUUACAGUCUGUGGCCCAACAUGGGCUUUCCUGAGUCUACCCUGCCUGUCGUCACAUCUGUCCAUAGGUCUUCAGCCACCCACAUACUGUCAAUAGGAGCUGUGUCUGUCCAUUUCAGUUCUGGACAGGGUCUGAUGGCGAUGUCCAUCGUAUGCAACUACACGCUGCAGCAGGACAAAGACAAGAGCACAGCCGAUGGACCCGUCUUCCUGGAAGACAUGCGCAGCAGGCACAGCGUCACCCUGACUCACUCAGCACCUCAGCGCCUGGAUGGGCUGGAAUGGAGAGGCAACCCUCUGUCCGACUCAGUGAACCAGUACCAGUACAAAGUUCUGCUCUGCUUGUUUGGCACCAAGGUAAACGUCUUUGCAUUUCUGGACAUUCCCGGCGCCACGUCGGAGCCGGCGCACAGACUGAUGGGUCUGAGGCCCUGGAAGAGCUCAGAAAGGAGCCGCUUUACUUUGUCAACCAUCACCCAACUACUGUAGACGACACUUUUUGAGGCCUUUUUUGUUUUGUUUUGUUUUUUCCAGACUCUUCGUGAAAAUGAAAAGCCUGAGAACUUUUUUACACUGAUGAGACAUUUAAAAUUUUCCCCUGUUUUAUGUUUUCAUGUCCUCCUAAACGGUUCCACCUGCAUUUUACUUGGCGAAGGUGAGACGAGGCGAUGAGAAACACUUCUGUCUUUUCUUCUUUGCACUACGUAAUGUCAGUGUUACUGCCGACACACUAAAACUGAUUCACACGAGCGCGCGUGCUCGCUCCCGUUUCGUUUCGGUUUUUGAUAUGCCAAGGCGAUGGACUUUCUUCAUCUAACUGCUUCUGUGAAGGACAUCGUUCUGCCUGCCUCCACUUUGCUCCCACCUCAGUCACAAAACGCUGUUCAGCCUCUUCUCAGUGAUCAUCCACGUCGUCGCCAAACCGCGGUGCCGGUGCCUAUAACCACACACGAGUAGCGCUUCUUCCCCUCUUUGCUUUGUUUAUUUUCACAUUUUAUGUUCCAUUUCUGAAGCUGGUGUAAUAUCUGCUACUGUGAACUUUUAUGAUUAAUCUUUGUAUUAGUUGUUAUGCAUUUUAAAAACUGGAAAUACUGUACGUAUACAUAUAUAAAGUUAUCCUUAUUGUAAUAA